AUGGGCAGCCAGCCUCCCAUGCCGCCUCCUGUGCAGACGGGAACGCACGUCAUCAUCCAUGACACCACAUACAACCAGAACCAACAGUCGCCAACACAACAUCAACAACAAAACAGGCUCAACCCAGUCGACACCUCCUUUCUCGGCUCCCACUCCCGGCAGUCCUCCUCCGCAACCGUAACCGGUGACGAUUCUGACCCAUCCCGCGCCUUCGGCACCUACGCCGGGACACCAAAGGGUGAGUAUGAGAAGAAGGGCCGCUCAACCGAUUACCUCUCCGGCCCCACCGGCGACAACUCCCUCAACACCUCGGCCGCCUCCUCCCGGUUAGCCCUCAACUCCAACAACGAGAAGUCCAACCACGAUGGCCACAUGUCCGGCGGCGCCGGCCACCACCACCGCCGCUCCGCCUCCCCCUCUUCCUCCUCCUCCGAUUCCGACUCCGACCUGGAAGGUGCCGGCGGCCACAUGCAGAAAGGCCAUCACAACAUAGACCCCUACGAUCCUUCCCGCCCAAAGCUACCACUCAAAGCGCGGCUAAAACACUUCACCUGGGCCUGGUACACCCUCUGCAUGUCCACCGGCGGUCUCUCCCUCUUGAUCGCCGCGCAACCACACACCUUCCCCGGCCUGCGCCAGAUCGGCAUGACCGUAUACAUCAUCAACAUCAUCAUCUUCGUCCUCCUGACCUCCCUCCAAAUCACCCGCUUCAUGCUCCACGCCGGCUCCUUCAAAGCCAGCCUCACGCACCCGCGCGAAGGCUUCUUCUUCCCCACCUUCUUCCUCAGCAUCGCCACUCUAAUCACCUCGACCCAAAAGUACGGCACCCCUCCCGACAGCGAACCCAGCCAGGACCUCGUCUGGGUUUUGCACAUUGCCUUCUGGAUCUACCUCAUCCUCGCCACCGCCGUCGCCAUCGGGCAAUACUCCUUCCUCUUCAGCCAAAAACGCUCCUUCUCCCUAGCCACCAUGAUGCCCACCUGGAUCCUGCCCAUCUUCCCCAUCAUGCUCUCGGGCACCAUCGCGGCCGUCAUCUCCCCCUUCCAGCCCCCGCACCGCGCCAUCGUCGUCAUCUGCGCCGGCCUCACCUGCCAGGGCCUCGGCGCCGCCGUGGCGUUCAUGAUGUACGCACACAUGGUCGGCCGUCUCAUGUCCGUCGGUCUUCCCGACCGCGAACACCGUCCCGGCCUGUUCAUGUGCGUUGGCCCGCCGUCCUUCACUGCUUUGGCAUUCAUCGGCAUGGCGCAGGGCUUGCCGCGGGACUUUGAUCACGACAUGGACGGGUUCAUCGACGCAGGCAUGAUUCGCACCAUGGCUGUCAUUGGCGCCGUGUUUCUCUGGGCGUUAGCGUUCUGGUGGUUCUUUAUUGGUGUGUUGGCUGUGUUGGCGAGCAGACCCAAGUAUUUCCAUUUGGGAUGGUGGGCCAGUGUUUUCCCCAACACGGGAUUCACGUUGGCGACGAUUAGUAUUGGAAAUGCCUUUCAAAGCGAUGCGGUGCUGUGGGUGGGCACGGGCAUGAGUUUGUGUUUGUUGGGGACGUAUUUGUUUGUGUUGGGCAACCAUGUGCGGGCGGUGGUGGUGCAGGAUAUUUGUUAUCCGGGGAGGGAUGAGGAUGUGGAGGAUCAUUAGAUCGUUCGUCUGUUUGUUUGUUUUUGUUUUGGUUUGGUUUCUUGAAUAUUUGGCAAGCGAUUGAUAUGCUUCGUUCUGUGAUUUAGAUUUCGUGGGAGUUAAAAGGUGGCCGGGCGGCAAGCGAUGAUUGGCGAUCAAACUUCUUUAUUUUCCAUUUCAUUUCAUCUCUGAUUCUUACCAUAG